GCGGCGAAAUCCAUUCGAAAAGUACCAUACACACAUAUAUAGAUUGUGAUGACAUAUUCAUAUAAGCUAUCUCUCUUUCUGAUGCAUAACAAUUACCAUAUGAAAAGGGAAAAAAGAAGAGAACUAUAAAUAAUACACAAUAUAAAUUCUCUCCCAAAUAAAAUUAAUUGGUUAAAAUUGAUUUCGAGUAAACAUCAAGAAAAAAAAACAAAAACGCGAAAAAUUCUAAAAGAAAUAAUAAAGUGAGACUGUAAAAAAAGAAUACAUGUAUGUACAUUUGUACAGUACAAAGUGAAUCGAGAACGGAAGAACGGCAGCAAGAAAGAAACGAGGCAAAUAUUGACUUUUGUUGAUUUGCUUGUGGGUGAUGGAAAAUAUCUCUCUCGGCUCGCAAGAGAAGUUAAAAGAGUUGAUUGAGCCAUGCGAAUGUGAAUGAUUAAUUUUUGAUAUAAGAGUGACAAUAUUUAUGUUCUCUUUCUCAAUAACUCCUUCUUAACAAGUGCAAUUGGGGCAAAAAAAAAGACUCGUGUGGUUGAAAGGUGAGGAGAAAUUCUUGAACAAGUGAACGACAAAUAAUAGAAAAAAACGGUGCAAAACGAGGGAGAAAGAGUGCGACACAACGAAAUAUCAAAUAAACGAAAAAGAAGAAGAAAUCGUAGUCGCCGUUGUCGUCGUCGUCAUCGAAAGAACGGUGUUUAAGUAGCGCAAUUCUUUUUCAGUCAGGCCAACUCUUUCUCAUUGGAUUAUUUCAUAUCUCUUUUUGGUCGGUUUUCGGUGUGUGUCUGUCGCGCGCGCUCUAUUUCGCACUCGCUUGCUCUCUCUUGUCAUGUACACACGAUACGCCGGUCGCACCGAUAUAAAAUUAAACGAGCUGUAUGUGUUUACUUUUUUUAUUCUCUACUCUUCUCUUCGUUUGCCGUUGCUGGCUCUGUUGUCGUGAUUCGAUUGUGCGAUCUGUCGUUUCGUCUCUUUCGUUUCACAACACACAAAAAAAAAAACAGAAACCCGAAGAAAAUUUCAUAAUAAUUUGGAUUUGAUUUUGGACUUGGCACUUUGUUUGUAUCGUCGAAUUUUCAGUUUUGCUCUCUUCGCAAUGUAUCUGCCAGCCCAUUGAUGCGGUCUGAAGUGAAUCAAUUGAGAAAUAAACAAGUACACAGUCUUGAAAUUUUUAUAAAAGUAUGCGAAGUGUGAAUAGUUCUAUCGGUUUGAUUAUUGGUGUGCACACAGUGCGUUUAUGUGUUUGCGUAUUUUAGCUCCUGCGUGUAUGUGAGUUUAAGACAGACAUACAAGUGUAAGGUGCAAAUCGAAAAGGAAGAAGAAGAACAGCGAGAAAGAGAGAAAAAACAACAAUCGUAUACUGAACGCGACAUAACUUUUUUUUUCACUUCUUCUCAAUAGACGGAAGAAAAGUCGUCGAAAGAAGAAAACACACAGACACUUUGGGCUUAUCAUACACCGGUCGUCAUACCAUAUAAAUCAAUAAAAAAAAUUAUCGCGGUUUGUCUUUUGGUGCUGCAUAGUUUGACAGUCAUCGAUUCAUAAUACCAACAUUACAUUUUUUUCUGUGAAUAAAAGAACAACAACAAUUCAUCACCAAAUUGAUUGACAAAAACCUGAAGCAACAAAAAAAAAAACGAAACAAAAUCAUUAGUUCAUCAAUCUCAAAACAUUGACAAUUGAUAUAUAGAUUUUGAUCAGUGUAAAAUCGGUGCAAUCUGUUUUGAUUCUCUCGGCCAUCUAAUUCGAUCGCAUACACACACGCACGCAUGCGAACGCAAACAAAAAAGACGGCAAUCAAGUGUAAAAAAAUGAACAACUAAAUCAGCAACAGCAACAGUACUAUGGUUAAUCAAAUACGGAGUCCGCUUACAUACCGAAUCGUAUCGUGAUAAAUGAAAGCAAAAUAGACAGGCCACAUAGGCCCCAGUGACAGUAGCAAAAAAAAAAAAAAAUUUCGAACGAACCAAAAAAAUUAUAAAUAAAUUGAGUGUAUGAGUCGGUUAAAACCAAAUCUACACAGGAUAUAACGAAGUCGUUAAAACUAAACUAACCAAAUUUCGCGACUCGGUUCUUUUAUUAUUAUAUUUUUUUUUCUUUUUUUUCGUCAUCAUCGUUUGGGUUUGUUGAUGCAUUGCCGCUAAAACACAAGAAGAACAAGAAGUUAGUGUUAUCAGUGUAUAUCUCAUAUUCAAUUUUAUUCCCAUACCGUGAGAGUGAUAGAGAGAGAAAAAAAUCAUAAUUUUUGUAUACGUGUGAAAUUUUUUGCAAUUCGUCAUCGAUCAAAUCCGAUUUUGGCAUUUCGCAUAUCUCGUGUGCAUAGUAAAACACACACAAACACACCGAAAAAGAGAGAGAGAGCGCGAGGGAGAGAAAACAACAUCAUCGAUCGUCGCGCGGCGCAUACAAACCAGACAAAAACACCAAUAUAAAAAAAAACAAAGAAUAAUACCACAAACGAAAGCUUCGUCAAUUGGAUUGACCGCAAAUUGUGAACAAAAUUUAGUCAAAAUAUACGAUUUAACCCCCCAGAGACUGUGUCUGUAUAGUAAAACAAACGAAGAGAAAGAAAAAAAAAUCGAAUAAGAAAAAGAAGAAUAAGAAGAAGAAGUGUACCGGGUUUUGAGUUUGUGUGUGACAAGUAAUUUCGUGCGAUACCAAAAAUGAUUGAUACAGCCGAUCUACAAGUAUUUCUUGAGAAAAUUCCAGGAGGCACCAUUCCGGUGGAUCUACUCAAAAUCGGACAAGCACAUCAUGCACAGUAUGCAAAUGCAGCAUCGAAGAAUAAAUACAGCCACAAUCACCAUGGCAAAUUCCGAAUUGCACUUGAUAUCGAAGACUGCCUUGACCGAUUCUAUGGAGGAUAUUAUUCAGAUUGGGCGUGUGGCGGCCAAUGGAAUCGUGCCUAUCAAUUUGUUCGAUUGUUGGUCGAUGCAUUCAAUGCAGCGCAUAUUGAGUUGAUUGCAUUUUUCGAUGGUUCACUGAAAGAGAAUAAGAAAUCGCAUACGGAACGGGUAGAAAUUCGCCAAAAAACAAUAUCAGUGUUGAAGCAUAUACGAAUGAUUGGAACACCACCGCCGAAAAUUUGGUGGAUUCCGCCAUCGGGUCUUCGUACAUGUUUGCGAAAUGCAUUACGCAGCAUGAAUGUUAUUGUAGUUCAAACAGUAUACGAUCAUACGAUGGAAGUCAUCGAUUAUUUCCAUGAAUAUAAAUUGGAUGGUAUUCUUGGUUUGAAUGCUGAUUAUGUGAUUGCAAAUACAUCCAAAUAUUAUAGUUCGCAUGAUUUACGGCUAUCAUACAAAGGUGCAUUGGAGACCAAAGAAUAUUUGGUGUCAAAGUUGUUGUCAAAUUUAAGCUUAACACCCGAUCAUUUACCAUAUAUGGCCGUUUUUCUUGGCGGUUACAUUCUCAUCGAUGAAACAAUGCUCAAAUCAAUUUAUAAAAAGAUCAACAUUGAUUUUGCAUCCGAUUUUGAGGCGCGCAUUAGAAAAUUGGCCGAAAUUAUACGAAAUUCACCAACAAACGAUAUCGAUGAGUUUAUACGUCAUUUGAGCUUGGAAGAAUGGACCAAAGAGCUUAAGGAAUCCGUUGAAUAUUUUAAGCGAACGGCUCGAUUUUCGACAAGUAAAAAGUUCUUUUCAAGCAAACGUAAGGUGGUAAUUGAAAUUCAGCGCAUUAAUGAGAAUACACCAAUGGCACCGCUUGCAUCUGAGACCAGUGAAGGUGAUGAAAUUGCUCGUAAGAUUUUGCAAGAUGUUAGCAGUUUGGUGGAUGAUGGCGAAUCGACAAAUGUUGCAUCGACUGAAACAUCAACAAGCGCUUCGGAAGUUGCGUCAUCCACCAACAAUGAUACCAAUCAAAGCAAAGCAAACGGAAGCGGUAGUGGAGGUGCUGUCAAGAAAUCAACAACAUUUGUGUACGCACUCCCCGGUGAAGUCUUGAAGACUUCAUUGAAUCGCCAUCAACGCGGUAUUAUGGAUUCGCGCAUUUAUCAAUUGUUGACCAAAAAAGAGAUAAUAUUGCCGCAGAUCUUAGAAGAUGAGCAAUACCGUGAAAUACCAUCGAUUCAUCUAUUUUAUCGUCCGGCACGUCAAAUGAUUUAUGCAAUUCUCUUCAAUUUAUACCAUCAGAAAUAUUUGUGUUCAAAAUCGUUGGGCGGUAGCGGUGGUGGUCAAGUCAAAGAUAAAUCAUCGCCAUCCGUUGGAAAUCGUUCGUCAAUUGUGCCCGAUGUGUUGAUAUCCGAAUGGAUUUGGUCACCGCAAAAUGAAUACAAAAAACCCGAUCAAGUGCCGGCUGUUCAAUUACCAUGGGCCGUACCAACAAUUCAACGUUUAUGGUUUGGUAUGGCAUUUGAAGAUAAGCAACGACGAAUGAAAGCCUUUCUGACUGUGAUGCGUUCCGAUACACCGUUAAUGUUAAAUCGAACAUAUGUGCCACAACAUUUAUUGGUAUUGGCAUGCGUAUUGCGCUACAUAAUCACGAGUCCAGAGCGAAAAAUUUUAACUCGCUUGGAAUUGGAUGCAUUUUUAGCGACUGCCUUCUCAUUGGAUAUCAAUAACGUUGAUUUUACACAAGAACUAGUGCUUCCAGGUGUUCAUCUGCGUGGCGUUUAUUUGGCCACAUUAUUCAUGCAAGGCGUUGAAACGGCCUCAUUGGCAAACGAUGCAUGCGGCGUACCAUUGCCAUGGGUUAUGUCAAAUCCAUGGAUAUUCUUUGACGGAAAGCUGUUUCAUUUUAAAUUGAAGAUGUCAACGUAUGUUCCAUCAAUUCGGGAUUUAUGCGACAACCAAAUCGAUAUUGUACUCAAGGUUGAUCGCUUCCGUAAGGCCAUUUUAGAAGAUGUGGAACACUAUCUAUUGCCUGCUCAUAUCGAUCCAUUGUAUCGUGCUGGUUUUAUACAAAAUGCUUCCAUGUCACAAGCGUACGGCAAAAAUUCAAUGCAUUCAAUUGCAAACAUUCCACAAAUGCCGAAUGGUUCAUCAUCAGCUUACUAUAAUUCGGUGAUUCAACAUCAAGUACAGCAACCCCAUCAAGGUUCACAAAACUAUUUCAAUCAUGUGUCGACCGGUCGCAAUAAUGCCAAUCAUCGUUUUAAUAAUAAAGCACAGCAACAACAGCAUGAGCAUUUGAUGGGCGGUUAUCAAUUGAAAGUUGGCGGUGUUGUGGUUGGCAGUUGGGCCGAUGGUGUGCCAAAUCGAAAUGGUGGAAAUGGCGUACAAGCACGUUUGAAUCGGGCUGCUGUUGCGGCCGCAUCGGGUGGUGCAGUUGCAUCACAGUUGAUGCGUUAUCCAAUGAAUCCACGCUGUCGUUUGCCAACCAAUUCACGCUUACAACGCAAUUUAGGCGGACAACAUAUUACAUCAUUAGGUCGAACCAUUUCACGAAAUACAUACGGUAACAAUAAAGUCAAUCGACAAAGAAACCGUAAUCGCAAUCGGAAAAAUGAUCGUAAGAACCAAAAGCAGGCCAUCGACAACUCAGAAAAUAAGGCUGAUGAAACAAAAGUAACCUCAGAUGCCACCAAAGACGGACAAGAUGCUGAAAAUGGAAAUGGAACCACAAAUCAAGCGUCAAAUCUCGCAAAAUCAAUGUGUCACGAAAUUCUAAAAGAGGAAGACGACGAAGUGGCAUCAUUGGACGAUGUGUCAAAUGAUAAAAAGCAGCUGGAUGAAAUGCUCGAUGAGCAAAAUGGGGGGAAAAAUGGUAAUCUAACUGCAAAAUUGACAAAUUUAACGCUUGACGAACCAACGGAAAGUGUUGAUGAAACCGCCGUUGAUGGUGUUAAUGGUAAUACAACUGCCAAUGCCAACGUAAGCAAUAAUGAUCGAAUAAAUAUCGGCAAUACAAAAGUGAAUAAGAAAAAAUCAAAGAAAGGAACGAAUAGUAUUACUGCUAAUAAAAUGGCAGCAGCCGGCGGCAUCGAAUGCGAUUCAAUUGACAACAAAUUGGACGUCGUCGACGAAAAUAACGACGAAGAUAGCGGCACCAAUGCAAUCAAUACCCUCGAUAGCAGCGCAGACCGUUUGUCACCAUCAAUUAUCAACGACGAUGUGGUCAAUGCAUAGAAUUAGAAAACACCAAAUGCCAAUUCAUUGAUCUAAAUUUGUCCUUCGAAGUCAACUCGUUAUUUCUAUUAAUUGAUAUCAAAUGAUUGCGAACAGAAUUUUUUUCCCCUUUUCCAAAAUCAAAACUCGGAUUGUCAUCCACCAGCUACCCCUCUCUUCUCCCGCAUAAAUAAAUACGUUCACAGCAAAAUAGUUCCCUCGAGAAAACAAAAAAAAAAUUAUGAAAAUUUGGCGAUGUCUCAAUACCAUUGAGCAUGCCCAAAAGUACUAAUCACAUUAUUUAAUUUGAUGCAGAUAUAUAAAUUAGUAUAACACUAACAUUCAUUAAAUAAAAGAAAAAAAUUAUAGAAAUCAAUCAUAAACACGAUUCAGAAUAUACAACUGAAAGAAAAAAACUAAGCGAGCGUUAGUUAGAAAUGAAAUCCAUUGAAAAAACUUAUAGAAUUGGGCACAGCAAUACAUUUAUAUACACUGGUAGAGAUUUUUUUUGUGCUUUUUUCAUUUUGGAUAAUUUAAUUUUCUUCUAAAUAAAACGAAAAUGCAUCAUUUGUGUGCAUGAAAUUUUUUUUAAUCAUA